AUGCCUCGGGGCCAGAAGAGUAAGCUUCGUGCCCGUGAGAAACGCCGCCAGGCUCGAGAAGAGCUCAAGGAGCUGGCAGGUGCUCAGGCCACUGCACCAGAAGAAGAAGAGUCCCCUUCUUCGCCAUCUCCUAGUUUCAAAGAUGUUCCCCAGAGCUCAUCUGCCACUGAAACACCCAGCAAUCCUCAAGUGCCUGAGAGAGUCCGCUCCACCACUACUACUGCUGCAGCUGUUUCAAACACAAGAUUUGAUGAAGGUGCCAACAAUCAAGUGGAGGAAAGACCAAAUGCAUCACAGGCCCAGGAUACCCCUAAGCACUGGCACAAAAGCCAUAUAGAAGAGAAAGUUACUAUGUUGGUGCAUUACCUUCUGCACAAGUAUCAAAUGAAAGAGCCCAUUACAAAGGCAGACAUGCUGAAAAAUGUAAUCCAAGUAUAUAAGAAUCACUUCCAUGAGAUCCUCAAGAAAGCCUCCGAUCACAUAGAGCUGGUCUUUGGCCUUGAUGUGAAGGAAGUGGAUCCCAACAGGAACAUCUACGUUCUUGUCAACAAACUGGAGCUAGAUUACGAUUCAAGAGUGAAUGAUAACAGAGGCAUGCCCAAGACUAGCCUGCUGAUGACUGUCCUGGGUGUGAUCUUCACGAAGGGCAACCGUGCCGCUGAAGAGGAAGUUUAGAAAGUGCUGAAUAUGAUGGGGAUAUAUGCUGGGGAGAACAACUUCAUCUACGGGGAGCCCAGGAAGCUCAUCACCCAAGAUUUGGUGAAAGAAAAUUACCUGGAGUACCGGCAGGUGCCCAAUAGUGAUCCUCCACGAUAUGAAUUCCUCCGGGGUCCAAGAGCCCAUGCUGAAACCAGCAAGAUGAAAAUCCUAGAGUUUGUGGCCAAGAUCCAUGAUACCGUCCCCAGUGCCUUCCCAACCUGGUAUGAAGAGGCUUUGCGAGAUGAGGAAGAGAGAGCCCUAGCCCGAGCUGCAGCCAGGGCUGCCACUACUGCCAAGGCCAGUGUGCAAUCCAGGGCCAUGGCCAGUAGCUCUUCCCGCCCCAAGUGA